AUGGUCAAAGCUCUAUCCCUCCUAUCCCUCUUCACACCAAUCCACUCCGCCGCCAUAAAAUCAACCACUCUCUCCCAUUCCGAACGAACAAAAUGCCAAACAACCCUAACCUGUCCCAAAGACACAAUCUUCGUCUCAGCAACAGACUCGCGCGCAGAUUACAAAACCAUUCAAUCCGCCAUUGACGCUUUACCCAACGACUCCUCCUCACAAACCAUCCUCAUCAUGGAAGGAAGUUACACGGAACAACUUAACGUCACUCGCGCUGGACCCGUAACCCUACUGGGAGAAACAAACUCGAACUCUUUAACCGAUGCGUCAAAGAAUAAAGUCACUAUCUCCUACGCUGCUGCAAACCAGGACUCUACUGGUACCAUCGAUAACAUCUGGUUUAGUGUCUUGGUUGUUGCACCAACCCUUGAUGCUAGUCUCGUUGGUAGUGGAACAACAGGCUUCGCUGUCCCGGCUGAUACGCCGUUUGGGAAUCGUGAUUUCAGGGUUUACAAUAUCGAUUUCGUUAAUGAUUUCGCACCUUAUACCGAUGGUCCUGCGGCUGCUUUGAUGUUUAGUCGUGCGAAUGGUGGAUUCUAUUAUUGUGGAUUUUAUUCUUAUCAGGAUACUAUCUACAUUGGAAAACUCGGAAACGCAUACUUCUACAAAAGCAUCAUCGCCGGUGAAACAGACUUCCUGUACGGAUUCGGCACAGCAUGGCUCCAAAGCAGUGACAUCCAACUUCGCAGCUGUGGUGGUGGAAUCACAGCAUGGAAAGGAACCAACACGACCUUCGAGAACAAGUACGGAGUCUACAUCGUGGAUAGCAAUGUUGCUGCUGCGAAUACCUCUGUUGCGAGUAGUAUCAAGGGAAGUUGUGCGCUUGGAAGACCGUGGAACUCGCUUCAUCGGUCUAUUUUCGUGAAUACCUAUGAAGAUGGAAGUAUUCUUCCGGCUGGGUAUAUUAACUGGGUAUCCGAUGGAGUUGAUAGAUUUGAAGAGGGUAUUACGGUUAUGGCGGAGUAUGAGGCUUAUGGUCCGGGUUUCAAUAAGACUGGGAGAAUUGAUGGUGGCAUUGAUACCUUGUUGACGAAGAAGACUUAUGCGACUUAUUCGAGUCCUGAACUUGUUUUCCAGGAUCAGGAGGGGACUUUUGGGGAUGUUAGUUGGAUUGAUUGGGAGACUGUUGAUGCGAAUUAA